AGAAGCGCGACAACUAUCUCCGAAACAUCAUGGCCACCACCACACUCAUGUCGUACCAAUCGUUAUCCAACUCGCACUCUUCACUGUCACACUCCCAAUCGCGUCAAACAACUAAAUCUGUCCCCACGGGGGGGCCCUUCCCAACUUGCUCGCCUCUAUUCCCAUGCUUUGCUCUUGUUUUCGGGAGGUCUCCUGAACAAACAAAUGCCUCUGACAGCUACACCGUUCGAAUCCGUCCAUUCAACUCGCAUUCUCUUCUUUUCACCAGGAUUCGACAGUGCUUCGACAUCUUCAUCUUAUCUCUUUAGCUGUACCGCCACGGAUUCUUCCGCGACCAUUCAAUUCAAUGCCGCCAUUUUCGCGCUGAGAUCCAGUCUAACUGCGGUGCACCCAUUUUCGUCCCUGCGCCGUCCGGGGCUGGAGCUGGCAGAUGCCGAACACUCAAGGACAGAUCCGAGGACAAUAUGGGGAUACAUGCCUGACCGCUACUCGC